AUGAGCCUUGGGAAAACGGUACGCUCCCACGGGGGUGUGAAAAGUCGCACGAUCGUCACGCUAAUUGCUCUGCUAGCGAUCACCAGACAAACGGCCGCCGAUGGCCUGUUCGAUAACUUAAUCUCCCAGCUGAUGACAACGGCGGCGACUGCACAAAACUUCCUCGAGGAGGCGUACGACCAGCGGCAGGGUCGCGGGACGGUUCCGCCAUCUACCGCGUCCGCCGUGGGUGCCGGGAUGGAGCUGGGCGACGAGCUCCUACCGACGACACCGUCAACGACGACCGGCUUCGAACCGGGAUCGACAACGCACGGCACACGUGCACCGCUUCCGUUCUGGAACCCGUUCGUCUGGUUGCGACCGAAAUCUCCGUCCAUUCCGUACAAUCCGGACACCGAUCUUAGUACGCCGGAAAUCGCCGUCCGCCACGGAUACCAGGCCGAAUCGCACACACUCAAGACGGCCGACGGAUAUCUGCUGACCGUGCACCGGCUACCCUGCGGCCGGGUGGGCUGCGGUGCCCAAGGUGGCAAGGGGACCGGCCAGCCCGUAUUCCUCCAGCACGGUCUGCUCUCCAGCUCGGCCGACUGGCUGCUGAGUGGGCCGGAAAAGGCGCUCGCCUUCAUCCUGGCCGACGCCGGCUACGACGUUUGGUUGGGUAACGCGCGUGGCAACACCUACUCCCGGAAGCACGUCAGCUUCAGCAGCGACGAAACGGCCUUCUGGGACUUUAGCUGGCACGAGAUGGCGAUGUACGACAUACCGGCCGAGAUUGACUACGUGUACGGCAUGCGGGAGCUGGAACGCAAUGAUACGACUCGCAAGCUGCUCUACGUGGGCCAUUCGAUGGGCACGACGAUGAUCUUCGCGCUGCUGGCGAGCCGGCCGGAGUACAACGACAAGCUGGAGGCUGUGUUUGCGCUGGCCCCGGUCGCCUUCAUGGGUCACGUCAAGAGUCCCAUACGAUUGUUGGCUCCGUUCUCGCACGACAUCGAGAUGAUACUAAAGUUCUUCGGUGGCAACGAGUUCAUGCCGCAGAACAAGAUCAUUCGCUACCUGGCCAAGUACGGGUGCGAGUUGACCGAGGCGGAAAAGUACAUCUGCGAGAACACCGUGUUCGUCCUAUGCGGCUUCGACAAAGAGCAGUACAAUGCCACCCUAAUGCCGGUCAUCUUCGGGCACACACCGGCCGGUACGUCCACGAAGACCGUCGUCCACUAUGCGCAGGAAAUACACAACGAGGGUAACUUCCAGCUGUUCGACUACGGGGAGCAUGAAAACCAGCGACGGUACGGGCGUGCCACACCGCCCGGUUACAACCUGGAAAACAUAUCGACCCCGAUUGCGCUGUUCUACGCCAACAACGACUGGCUGGCGGGCCCGAUGGAUGUCGCUAAUUUGUUCAACCAGCUGCACCGUACCUCGAUCGGGAUGUUUAAGAUACCGAACGACAACUUCAACCAUGUCGACUUCCUGUGGGGCAACGACGCACCGGAGGUGGUGUACAAGCAGCUUCUGAUGUUGAUGCAGCGAUACAAGUAAUAUAAAAAAACAAAACAGCCAUACCGGUACGGUUGAACAGACGACAGACAUAAAUUCCUUACGGUGACAAGCGUGACCGCCGACGACUGCAUUUUCAGAUUGAAAAGUUGUAUGAUUAAG